AUACCCACUUCUGGACAUAACGGAGUACCGAGGACGGAGUCUCGGCUGCCGAGAGAGACGGGAUAGCAAGCAACUGGGAGUAUGUAGGAGGAGCCUAGUGCUGUUCGUAUCUGUACAAAAGCCAGGAUUCUCCACUCCCAAGGGAACGGCACUGUCCAGGGUUGAGAGCUGACAGCUGUGAUCGUGACUGUGUGAUCGUGAUCGUAAUCCUGCUUCUGGUGGUUCUGAUUCUGGUUCUGGUUUAUAAGCGGUCGUCUCCCAUUUCGCCUCCCACUGCAUACCUAGGUAUCUUAUCUACCUAGACUGAGUACAUAAUUUUUUUUUUAUUAUUUCCGCCGUCUUCCGACUGUCUGCACUGUAUUAUCGACUGUCACAACUCUCAAGUAUUUUCCCAUGGGAGCUGGUGCUUUUCUUGAGCCGCUGGUCGUCGUGGUGCUCCUGUUUGGAGGUACUUGGAUCAACCGCGCCUCGCCUUCCUCUUCCUCCCCCUCCUCCCCCUCUUCGUCUUCCCCUCGACGCCCUUCAUGGACUCGACGACGCUCUGCUGAGAUUUCCCGGGGUUCCUCGCCAGACCUGUUCGAGUCUGGUCUCUCCAGUCCAACGGUCAAGGAUCGCCUGCUGGGUUCUUCGCUUUCCUCACGCUUUGAUGCCGAGAAUCGCUGGCACCAGCGACAGAUCAGCUUGGGGCUGGUAAGCUGGACGGUGACUUGUCCCAACACUGCUGUCUUUCAGAACCGUCUGCUCAGUCGCCUGCUGCGCCGAUUGCCUUUCUUGGUGGAGUGCUGGUACUGGGCUUUGGUCUACUGGACGUACCAGCUAGGUCGGGCCUUCACGGCUGUCACGCUACAGGAAGGGACGGUCGAUGUUGCACGGCGACAUGCGCUGCAGCUCGUCCGGAUCGAACAGAGGCUUGGGGUCUUUUGGGAGGUGUCGAUCCAGAGAUUCUUCUUGGGUCACCCGCAGCUGAUGGCCGUCAUCAACUGGAUCUACUCGUUCAUCCACAUUCCCGGCACCAUCGCCUUCCUCGUCUGGCUCUACUACUAUACCACCACCCGUAACCGGCUGGGCGAGUCGCAGUUGGGCAAGCCGAGUGGCGUCGUGCGCGGGUCUCCCGGUGGCCCGCUACUCUACCAGGCCCGGCGCCGGACGAUGGCAGUAUGCAAUCUGCUGGCCUUUGUCGUCUUCACCCUCUGGCCCUGCAUGCCCCCGCGGCUGCUGAGCGACGAGAGCGUCGAGGGUCCUACCGGAGACCUGGCCCGCAGCUACGGGUUCGUUGAUACCGUCCAUGGCGUCAAUGGCGCAGGUAGCGUUUGGACCGAAAAUCGCUUUUGUAAUCAGUAUGCUGCCAUGCCCUCGCUGCAUUUCGGCUACUCCUUAAUGAUCGGAAUGACUAUCAUGACCAUUCCACUGCCCGCUCAGCAUCACAGGGCUAUCACACGCUCUCGCCUGGCCCGUACGCUUGGACUCCGAAUUCCCUCGUGGCGACGCCUGGCGUGUUGGCUUAUUGGCUUCGCCUAUCCCUUCACCAUCCUGGUCGCCAUUGUGGCCACAGCCAACCACUUCAUCCUGGACGCGGUCGCCGGCGCGAUCGUCUGUGGGCUGGGCUGGCGCUACAACGCGAUUCUGCUCAACCUCCUUCCGCUGGAGGACUACUUCCUGUGGCUAGUCCGCAUCCACAAGCCGGAGCCCGCCGCCAUGAACAUCAUGCUUGAGGAUGAGGACGAUUGGUCUGACGACGAUGCCCGGCGAUAUGCGAUUCUCCCCUCGUGAGAAGGCAGUAUCCCCAAUGACCGCUUACGUAUAUGAUAACGCGCUUCAUAACUAUACCCAGGUAUAUAAUGUUUAAGUUCUUCGGUUCAUAUGCUGUGACGAUACGAUACCCGUUAUGUUGGUUACCUUUGGAUGCUGUCUACAGCCGUUGUACAUACAAAGGUAGCAUUUAUCUCACUAGAAUCUACUGAGAGGAUCAGGUUCCACUCGAACAAAACCUAUGAAUAUUAAUGAGUCAAUAUGGUCAUAUCGAA